CUGCGUCUUUACGCGCGGAGCUCCCCGCCGCUUCCCGCGCUCCUCUCUGGAUAUUUCCCGCCCUUUGCCGCGGCGAUGGACGACGACUUCCUGUCCCAGCUGCCCCCGUCCCUGUCCGGCGGGGCCCCCGAGGCUCCGGGCCCCAACGGCACCGCGGAGGAGGAGGAGGCGGGCUGGUGGGGUCCGGACGGCGCGGAGACGGUCCACCUGGCGGUGCGCUGCGUCAUGACCUCGGUCUACAUCCUCAUCAUCACCGUGGGGCUGCUGGGCAACAUCACGCUGGUCAAGAUCUUCAUCACCAACAGCGCCAUGCGCAGCGUGCCCAACAUCUUCAUCUCCAGCCUGGCGGCCGGAGACCUGCUGCUGCUGCUCACCUGCGUCCCGGUGGACGCCUUCCGCUACUUCUCCGAGGACUGGGUGUUCGGCCCGGCCGCCUGCAAGCUCAUACCCGUCAUACAGCUCACCUCGGUCGGCGUGUCAGUGUUCACGCUCACCGCGCUCAGCGCAGACAGGUACAAGGCGAUCGUGAACCCGAUGGACAUCCAGACGUCCAGCGCUGUCUUCUGGACGUGUCUGAAGGCCGUCUCCAUCUGGCUGCUGUCCGUCCUGCUGGCUGUCCCCGAGGCCGUCUUCUCCCAGCUCGUACACAUGCCGGGUCACAGGGACCACAGUAACGUGACCUUUGUGAACUGCGUGCCGUACCCGUUGUCCAAUCAGAUGCAUCCUAAGAUCCACUCUGUGAUGAUCUUCCUGGUCUACUUCCUGGUUCCUCUGACCAUCAUCUCCGUUUACUACUACCACAUCGCCAGGACGCUGAUCAAGAGCGCCCACGACAUGCCGGGGGAGGUCAGCGAGCACACCAAGAGACAGAUGGAGACGAGGAAGCGGCUGGCGAAGAUCGUCCUGGUCUUUGUGGGCCUGUUCGCCCUCUGCUGGUUCCCCAACCACGUUCUCUACAUGUACCGUUCCUUCCACUACCACCAGAUGGACCUGUCUCUGGCCCACCUGGUCAUCACGCUGCUGGCCCGCGUCCUCAGCUUCUCCUCCUCCUGCGUCAACCCCUUCGCCCUCUACCUGCUCAGCGAGAGCUUCCGCCGCCACUUCAACAGUCAGCUGCGAUGUGGCAGGAGUCCUCGCCCCGAGCGCCAGGCCAGCUACCUGCACAGCACCUCCCACAUCCGCCUCACCUCCAUCAAGAAGACGACGGCCAACGCCGCCGUGGUCGCUCCGGCCGCCAACGGCAACUCCAGCAGACAGGAAGUGGCUCUGUGAGGGUGUUUGAGCCUGAAGAAGAAGGCCAGGAGACGAGUCCUGGGGCCCGCCGGAGACUCUGUGAAGCUCCAACGAUUGUACCAGCUGCUCCUUUCACUCCGGACUUCAUCUUCUACAUCCUGAACCCGGCAAACCAAACAAAAAGUGCCUCUUGGAAAUACAAAGUUCCCACAUCAAAGGAAAAGUGUUUUCUACAGCCACAGUGUUUGCUCAAAGUGUUCUUCAGCUGUCGGAGAAAAAAGUCAAACAUUGUUCUUCAGGUGUUGGACGAAAAGGUCAAACAGUGUUCUUCAGGUGUUGGAGAAAAGGUCAAACAGUGUUCUUCAGGUGUCGGACGA